AUGUUCUUUCCUACCGGCGAUGACAAGGAGUCUCAACCGGCCACGUCCUCCUGCCGUCAUUUUCAAUUUCAUGAUAUUCUUUCAGCAACAGAUAACUUUGAUGAAUCAUUAGUGAUUGGUAAUGGAGGUUUUGGUAAAGUUUACAAAGGUAAUGUCAUGGUUGGAUCAAGUUAUGUUGUUGCAGCUAUCAAACGACUAGAUACCAUCUCCAAUCAAGGAGAAGCCGAAUUUUGGGCAGAAGUUGAGACACUUUCAAAGUUGCGGCAUUGUAAUCUUGUCUCUUUGAUUGGUUAUUGUAAUCAUGGACAAGAAAUGAUCCUUGUCUAUGAGUAUAUGUCAAAUGGAACACUCGAAGAUCAUCUCCACAAACUCGGCACCCCUCUUUCUUGGCUUCAAAGACUCAAAAUCUGCAUAGGUGCCGGUCGUGGGCUACACUACCUCCACACUGGUACUGGGAUUGAAUCAGGUGUCAUACAUCGAGAUGUCAAGAGCUCGAAUAUUUUGUUACACGAAAGUUGGGCAGCCAAAAUUUCUGAUUUUGGGUUGUCCAAAAUAGGUCCGAUCAAUCAACCAACAACUUAUGUCAACACACUUAUUAAAGGCACUUUUGGUUAUCUGGAUCCUGAUUACUACGCAACAGGAAAGCUCACAAGGAAGUCUGACGUGUAUGCUUUUGGUGUGGUGAUGUUGGAAUUACUUUGUCGGAGGCGUGCACUUGACAGAAGUCUCGAUGAAGAGAAAAUGAAUUUAGCAAGAUGGGUACAAGAAUCUAUCAAAGAAGGAAAUUUAAAGCAUAUAGUUGAUUCUGAUAUAAGGGGUGAAAUAGCACAAAAAUGUUUAAAGGAAUUUGUUCGAAUUGCAGAGAGAUGUUUGAAUAUCAAUGCUAAGCAGCGCCUAACGAUGGCUCAGGUUUUGGUCAGUCUUGAGAAUGUACUAAUCUUACAAGAAAAAUACAAUAAUUCAUUGCAACCUGCAUGCAGAACACUACUUGGUAGAAUGGUCAAUAUGCUUCCGUUUUCAUCUAAAGGACUGAACUCAGGUAUUUCAAGCUCCUCAUGA